AUGUUAAUUAAACUACAGUGGUCACAACCAAUCGGCCAUUGUCGUUUGAGAAAACAUACCCGAGUAAUUGGCAUAGAGCCCCCAAGACUCGCAACAAGGCUUUCAGCUCGCAACUCCGAAUUAGAUAGGCAGUUCAGCGGAGGAACUCGAAGAGCAAGGAAAGAGAAGAGGACAAGAAAGAGUGUAGUAGUGAACGAUUUGUGCGUUAUUAAGGGGGACGUCCCGCACGUUUUCAGUACAAAUAAAGAUAACGAACAGCUGGCAAUGUACACGGAUCUGCCGAAAAUCACGCGUUGCUGCUUCUGCUUGCCGCUUAGGUAUGGGCUCCUUGUGUGGGCGUACCUUAAAAUGAUCUGGUGCAUCCUCGUGACGGUUUUGAUUUUGGAGAAAAUCUUGAACACCGUGAGGCGUAUGAAGCCUGCAGACACGAACAUCACAAUGGAAGCGGUGAUCGCAGCCCUCUUUUUAUUCGAUAUCGCGAUCACUCUUGUCUUCAUAGUCGGCGCACACAAGAAAAACCCCAAGCUGUUGAGAGUUUACUAUAAAUACGCUGUUGGAACUACUGUUAUUGUUUUCCUUUUCUACCUCUUCGGCAUGGCUAUGCAGAUCUUCAUGUAUUUAUCGAGAUGGUUCAAUUCACCGCAGUUUUACAUGAUAUAUGACGUCUUCGAAAUCGCCACCUUUGGGACCGGCACACUUUUGUUGAAUUUAUAUCUACUGGCCUUGAUUAAAAAUGAAAUCUUGAAACUAGAGAACAGCACACAAUUGAGUUUCUACAACCACGGGAGCGAUUCAAAAUGUGUUUUAGAAAACGUU